GGUUUAGACGCCUGUGAAGGGCGCUAGCUCCUUCGCUACAGGUUACGAGAUUUGAUACGUUUACGUUCCAGCAUGUCUCACAACUACUCCUACAGACGACCACCACCAGCUAAAGAUCUAAGAGCCAGCGCUUUUGACUCUCCAGAUCACCUGCACCCUGGAGACCACGGUCACAAUGUUUACAGAUCGUCCCAGGAGCCACCGUCUCAUUCCACAAUACCAUCCUACCCAUCCUCCUCAUCCAGAGCCUCCGCUGCCAACGAGUCCCCUUACUCCUUCUCACUACGCCAGUCAGACCCUUACUCCUCUCUAAGCCGGUCAGACCCUUACUCUUCCUCUCUAAGUCGGUCAGACCAAAUUCUGACCCUCCUGAGCAGCUGUGGGCUCGAGCCCAAAGACUUGUCUCUACUAGCCGAGAUGCCUGAGGAGCUCAUCACUGUGGAGAACCUACCACGUCUGCUCCUGGAGAUCAGAAAGAAGAGGGCGACACAGCAGCCACCAUAUCCAGCUAUGAUCUCUUACCCCCCUGCUGCCACAUCUCGCCCCCCCACUGCUACCCCUCCUCCAGGCCGUGCGUGGGAGCAGGGUGACCAGAGUCGUUCUCAGCCAUUAGACUACCCAUUGGACCCCCACCACGCUCUUCCCCCUUCCCAACUCCUUCCCACAGAACAGGCUGAGCCCUGGCAACUAGAUCGUCAUGGCAACCCGAUGCAGUACACACGCUCUCGCCUAGAACCUGUGCCUGUCCGAGUUGUGGACUACCACUAUGGUAAAGAAACUCCCAGAAGUUACCAAACUCCUAGGUCCACUUACAGCAUGGCCCAAGGAGGAAGCAGCAACAGCUGGAAACCCCCCAACUCAUCCCAACCAGCAGUAGAUUACAGGUACCCACCACCACCAGCUACAAACUACAGACCACGCCCAGACCAAGAUGUCCCAGUUGUCACAAUCAAGAUGGCCACCUCUGGCAACACUCCCACCAAGAAGGCUGCUCUUGACUUCCACGGAGAAAUCCCCCAAACGUUUCCUUAUUCGUGCUCUCUCUGCGAUAUUACUGUGCUCUCUGAAAAGUUCUGGUUCACACACAUCAAUGGAACUCAACAUGCAGACGGACAGCUCACACUUCUUCAAAUGUAUCCUGAAUGGGAUUGCCAGAUGCAGACCGCCAGAAGUGGUGACGACCACACAGACAGACCAAGGGUUGAAGAGAAGACUGGUGGACCUUCCCAUAGGUCUAUUAACUACUUAGGUAAACCGUCAAGUAGCGGCUCUAGAAAAAACGUAGACACUAAGACAAAGGUUACAAAGGGGAGUGGCAAAGUGGUUUGUGCCAAAUUUACCGCCCGGUGUCUCAACGAAGAUGGUUUGAAGGACCUGAUUAAACCGUUUGGUGAAGUUGUGAAAGUCAUCAUGUUCCCUGCUUUGGCGUUUGUGGAGUUGGAGUCAACGGACCAGGCCGCCGAUAUUGUGACAUACUACCUCAGUAACCCAGUGAUGGUGAAAGGAGGACAAGUCACCUUCUCUGUCUCGUCAACAUUUAAUUUCCUGCAGAGUUCCCGGGUGUUGAGUUUUUCCCCUGUGCCUCCUGGUAAAGAGUCUGCCGCGUGGAAAAGAGAGUUACUGGCCGUAGCGGAAGGAUUUGGACCUGUGGAGCACUCUCUAUUCUUACCUACGCAGGCAUUUGUGGAAAUGACGAAUGCACUGGAUGCACAGAAGCUUGUUGGACACCAUACGUCCAAACACCUGAAAAUAGAUGAGAUACAUAUUAAAGUGGCCUUCUCAUCAGAGUAUAAUACACUUCGGACCAUGUCUGAGAGGAAGUCUUCAGACAGGAAGUCUCCAGACAGGAGCAGGAAGUCUGAAGACAGAUCUAAGAGGAAGAGAACCCCAAGCCCCAGAAGGCGGUCCCUCAGCCCCAGGAGAGAUUCACCAACCUCCUCAAAAAGGAGGAGGAGUAGAGAGAGGGAUAGCGACCGUCACAAAGAACGAGUGAAAUCAAACAGUGGGGGUAAAAGCAGGCCAAAGUCCCCCAGAAAACAGAGCUCCAGUCGGUCCUCCAGAAGCCCUCGCAGGCCAAGGUCCCCCAGCAAACAGAGCUCCAGUCGGUCCUCCAGAAGCCCUCACUCCCAUACUAAAGAGCGGGUGUCCAGUGAGAAGGUAUCCCCCAUUUCCACAUCCACUCGCUCACAACCUCCCAUCAAGAAUAAGGCCACAUCCCAGUCCUCCACUGUGAUGGAGAAGUCCAAAAAGGCUGUCGACAUGAUUGACCAGAGCAAGCAAGAAACUGAGACCCAGGACAGCCAGGAGGAUGGAGCCAUGGAGGCCUGUGAAAUGGACAGUGACAUCGAGGGGAUGGCCGUGUAUGGGGAGGAUGGGGAGGAGAACUCUGACAUGGGAGAGGAGGGAGAGGUAGAGGAGGAAGAGGAACCGCAGGAGAGUGCUGAGGACUUGAUCCAGGAGUUUAAAGAACUAUGUGAGCCCAGGCAGAAAGCAACCUCUGGGACUGUAGAUGAUGCUCCUACAGAAGAGCUAUCAGCUACUGGGUCAGAACAGGGGAAAGAGCUCUCAGUUACUGGGUCAGAACAGGGGAAAGAGCUCUCAGCUACCGGGUCAGAACAGGGGAAAGAGCUCUCAGCUACCGGGUCAGAACAGGGGAAAGAGCUCUCAGCUACCGGGUCAGAACAGGGGAAAGAGCUCUCAGUUACCGGGUCAGAACAGGGGAAAGAGAUAGAUGGUGAAGACCAGAAAGGAGAUACUUCAUACAUUGAUGAUGAGCCUGAUUUCCCAGAGGACCUUGAGAAUCUUAUUACAUUGGAUGAGCUGGAGGAGGAUUCCUCAGGUGAUAACCAAGAUAACCAGUCAACAGAUGAGAUCAAGAGCAGAUCCAAGAGCAAGCCCUCAGGACGUGAUCAGACACCUGGUAGAGUGAUCUACGUCAAAAACCUUCCCAGAGGCUUCUAUACGGAUAGUGACUUCCUGAAGAUUGUUAAAGGCUUUGGGAGAGUGCACCGCUAUUUGCUCCUUCGCAACGGUGAAGAGGGCUUCAUUGAGAUGGAGAGGUCUUCUGAUGCGACAAAGGCUUUAAGAGAGCUGCGUUAUAAUGGCUGUAAAUUAUACGGCCAGAAGUUGAUCAUCCUGCGGUCUCAGAAAUACAAAAGACUAACAACAGGGUGGAAACCUGAAUCUGAUUCUAAAAGUGAUCGGAAGAAAGAUCACUUGAGUACUAGAAGCAGUAGCAGGAUAAGGAGUGGACGGACCAGCAGUCACUCAAAGUCAGUGGCUAAGGACGACAAGACAAAAGAGAAGGACGACAAGACAAAAGAGAAGGACGACAAGACAAAAGAGAAGGACGACAAGACAAUGGAGAAGGACGACGAGACAAUGGAGAAGGACGAGGAGACAAUGGAGAAGGACGAGGAGACAAUGGAGAAGGACGAGGAGACAAUGGAGAAGGACGAGGAGACAAUGGAGAAGGACGAGGAGACAAUGGAGAAGGACGAGGAGACAAAAGAGAAGACAUCACGACAAGUACGCUCCAAGCCAGCCCAACACUGUGACAAGGAGGACAUAGGAGCGUCUGAAGGGAAUAUUGACAAAUCCUCCAACAGUGAAGAACAAAAGGAUGCCCCUGUCCCUGCUGCUGAGAAAGAGAAGCAGGCCUGUAGCAAUGAGGAUAAUGCAGAAACCAAGAUGGAGGAUAAUGUGGAAACGGGACCAGAUUCCAUGAAGACUGGUAUGGAGUCAUCGUUCCAGGCCAACAACCCAGUAGGAAGAGAAUUCAUUACACCUGUCAUGGGCUACUUCUGCGACCUGUGUCAAGUCAUCUAUGUCAAUGAGGACGAAGCAAAGAACCAACACUGCAGCAGCCUCUGUCACUAUCUGAAGUUUAUGGAACAUUCAGGUAAAGACACAGCCUCUAGCUAAAAAGAUGUCCCAUCUCUGGAGGAAGUUGACAAGAUGACAGUUUUAGGCCCAAUUUGACAGGAAGUGUACAAGUGCACACCUCCGGAGGAGUGUGGAGAAUCUGGAUUUUUCUUUAUAUUGCACACAAGAAGAACGGCACGGGUUUACCUAAUCCACGAGAGGCUCUUUGUGAAACUCAUCCUAGAACAAUAAAUGAGAUUGCAGAUUACGUUAAUCUGUAUUGGUUUAUAUGAACAAAUGUUCAGCACCUACCUACAUAUAUUGUUAUGUUUGUGUUAGAAUAGCUCAGAUCUACUUUCUGUAACGUGAAUUGUUCGGUUUUCCCAUGUUAUUUGUUUUCAAGAUUUGUUUGAAUUUGAACUGCAUUCUAAACGAUUGUUAAUAAACGUGUUUAAUUAUUGCA